AUGGACAUCGAUCAUGUUCGAGACGAGAAAUCCAAUACGGGGUCUGUUCCUCACAACAACAAACACGAGGCUCGCGUCAUGAAUGCCUCGGAGGACCCCAUCCUCCAGCCGUCGUCACCGAACACGAAGAAGACAAUGGACUUCUCAGACGAGAAACCGACAGUCUCAACGGCCGAGAACGUCAACCACGGCGACGCCGACGGGGACUCUCACAAUGCCGCCGUCGACAUCGACAAGCGUCGUUAUGAUCCGACCCUCGCGCCUCGAUAUACUCAGGAAGAAGAAGACGCGGUGAUUCGCAAGCUCGACUGGCACCUGAUGCCCCUCAUCUUCGUUCUCUACAGCUUGUCUGUGCUCGACCGGUCGAAUUUGGGCAAUGCUCGUAUUGCCGGCAUGGAAGACGACAUUGAUCUCUCUGGGAACCGGUAUGAUUGGCUCGGAACAGCAUUUUAUAUUUCAUAUAUUCUAUCCCAAUGGACACAGGUGGGCUGGAAAGCAUUCCCACCGCACCGCUGGGUCGCCUUCGCGGUGUUCGGAUGGGGCACGGUCUCGACCCUCCAGGCGGCGUGCUCGUCCUGGGCCGGCGUCAUGGUCUGUCGGGUGCUUCUGGCCAUCUUCGAAGCUUCCUUCGGCCCCGGCGUGCCGGGAUACCUCUCGUACUUCUACCCGCGGGAGAAACUGGGCUUGCGGACGGGCAUCUUCCUGUCCGGCUCGGCCGCGGCGAAUGCGUACGGGUCGGCCCUCGCGUACGGCAUCGCCCAGGCCAAAGGCAGCAUCGGGCCGUGGCGCAUCUUAUUCAUCGUCGAGGGCGUGCCCACCUGCCUGCUUGCCAUCGUCGCGUGGUUCUGGCUCCCGGACUCCCCGCACGACGUGAGGUUCUUGAGUGAGCGUGAAAAGGAGAUCGCGAUCGAUCUGAGCCUGAGGCAACCGGGCGAUCGCACGGGCAGGAAAGGACUGCAGUGGAAACAAGUUCUGGGUGGACUCGUCGAUUAUAGAUCGUACCUCCCGCCACUGAUGUACUUUGGCUGCAACGUGUGCUUCGCGUCGCUCCCGCUCUUCGUGCCGACCAUCAUCUCGGAAAUGGGGGCGUUCAGCAGGAUCCAGUCCAACGGGCUCUCGGCGCCGCCGUACGUGUUUUGCUUCGUCGCCAUCUGCUCGUCGGCGUGGUUCUCCGACCGCAUCCGCUACCGGGGCCCGUUCGUCGUGGUCCCCGCGCUGCUCGCGGCCACCGGGUACGUGGUCCUGGGCACGACGACGGGCGUGGCGCCGCGGUACUUUGGCCUCUUCCUGGCCGUCCUGAUCUUCGUCAGCGUCGCCAUGGUGCUGACCUGGGUCGGCAACACGCACGCCACCGAGACCAAGCGCUUCGUCGCCCUCGCCAUCCUCUCCACCGGCGGCCAGUGCGGGCCCGUGCUGGGCACCAACGUCUUCCCCAAGAGCGAGGGCCCCUACUACCGCAAGGGCAUGUGGGUGAGCUGCGGCGCCUGCCUCCUGGUCGUGGUGACGGCGUGCAUGCAGAUGGCCCUGCUGGCGAGGGAGAACAAGAGGCGGGACGCAAAGUACGGCACGGACAGGGAAACCGUGCAUCUCCAGGAGCCGGACGAGUACGGCAAUGACAAGCACUUUAGGUACAUGGUUUGA